AUGAGCCCAAGAGCCGGGAAGGUGCCAGGCCGCCUGCCCGCCCCCGCAGCGAACNAGGAGGCGCGCGUCGUGGGCUCCGAGCUCGUGGACACGUACACGGUUUACAUCAUUCAGGUCACUGACGGUAACCAUGAAUGGACAGUCAAGCACCGCUACAGCGACUUCCAUGACCUGCAUGAAAAGCUUGUUGCAGAGAAGAAGAUCGGUAAAAAUCUUCUUCCGCCCAAAAAGAUAAUUGGGAAAAACUCAAGAAGCUUGGUGGAAAAGAGGGAGAAGGAUUUGGAAGUCUACCUCCAAACACUCCUGGCCACCUUCCCUGGCGUGGCCCCAAGAGUGCUGGCCCACUUCUUGCAUUUUCAGUUCUAUGAGAUAAAUGGUGUCACUGCUGCGCUGGCUGAGGAGCUCUUUGAAAAAGGAGAACAGCUCCUGGGGGCCGGUGAGGUCUUUGCCAUCAGGCCCCUGCAGCUCUAUGCGGUUACUGAGCAGCUGCAGCAGGGAAAGCCUACGUGUGCCAGUGGGGACGCCAAGACUGACCUUGGGCACAUCCUGGACUUCACCUGUCGCCUUAAGUACCUUAAGGUUUCUGGCACAGACGGAACUUUUGGGACCAGCAACAUUCGGGAGCAGCUCCUGCCUUUUGAUCUGUCAAUAUUCAAGUCUCUUCAUCAGGUGGAGAUAAGCCACUGUGAUGCCAAGCACAUCCGGGGGCUGGUCGCUGCAAAGCCCACCUUAGCCACAAUGAGUGUUCGCUUCUCAACAACCUCGAUGAAGGAAGUCCUCGUCCCCGAAGCCUCGGAAUUUGAUGAGUGGGAGCCAGAAGGCACAGCCCUGGAAGGCCCCGUGACUGCCAUCAUCCCCACAUGGCAAGCACUGACCACUCUAGACCUGAGCCACAAUAGCAUCUCCAAGAUCGACGAAUCUGUGAAACUGAUUCCAAAGCUUGAGUUCCUGGACCUGAGUCACAAUGGAGUGCUAGUCGUGGACAACCUGCAGCACCUGUACAACCUCGUGCACCUGGACUUGUCCUACAACAAGCUGUCUUCCUUGGAAGGGGUUCACACCAAACUGGGGAACAUCAAAACUCUGAACCUGGCAGGCAACCUCCUGGAGAGUCUGAGUGGCCUGCACAAGCUCUACUCCUUGGUCAACCUGGAUCUCAGCAACAACAGAAUCGAACAGAUGGAGGAGGUCAGGAGCAUAGGCAGCCUCCCAUGUCUGGAGCACGUGGCUCUGCUGAACAACCCUCUGAGCAUCAUCCCUGACUACCGGACCAAGGUGCUGGCUCAGUUUGGAGAGAGGGCCUCUGAGGUCUGUCUGGACAACACAGUGACCACAGAGAAGGAGCUGGACACUGUGGAAGUGCUAAAAGCAAUUCAGAAAGCCAAGGAGGUCAAGUCCAAACUGAGCAACACUGAGAAGAAGGUUGGUGAGGAUUGCCGGCUCUCAGCUGCCCCCUGCGUCAGACCCAGCAGCUCCCCUCCCACUGUGGCUCCCACCUCCGCCUCCCUGCCCCAGCCCAUCCUCUCCAACCAAGGAAUCAUGUUUGUGCAAGAGGAAGCCCUGGCCAGCAGCCUCUCGUCCACUGACAGUCUUACUCCCGAGGACCGACCCAUUGCUCAGGGAUGCUCUGAUUCCUUGGAGUCCGUCCCUGCGGGACAGGCACCUUCCGAUGAUUUAAGGGACAUACCUGGAGCUGUUGGUGGUGCAAGCCCAGAGCACUCGGAGCCGGAGGUCCAGGUGGUGCCUGGGUCUGGCCAAAUCAUCUUCCUGCCCUUCACAUGCAUUGGUUACACAGCCACCAACCAGGACUUCAUCCAGCGCCUCAGCACGCUCAUCCGGCAGGCCAUCGAGAGGCAGCUGCCCGCCUGGAUCGAGGCAGCCAGCCCGCGGGAGGAGGGCCAAGACGAGCAGGGCCAGGGCGAGGAGGAGGAGGUCGCUGAGAACCGCUAUUUUGAAAUGGGGCCUCCAGACACGGAGGAAGAGGAAGGAGGCCGGGGAGAGGAGGAGGAGGAGGAGGGUGAGGAGGAGCGCUUGGCCCUGGAGUGGGCCCUGGGUGCAGACGAGGACUUCCUGCUGGAGCACAUCCGCAUCCUCAAGGUGCUGUGGUGCUUCCUGAUCCAUGUACAGGGCAGCAUUCGCCAGUUUGCCGCCUGCCUUGUGCUCACCGACUUCGGCAUUGCCGUCUUCGAGAUCCCGCACCAGGAGUCGCGGGGCAGCAGCCAGCACAUCCUCUCUUCCCUGCGCUUUGUCUUCUGCUUCCCGCACGGCGACCUCACUGAGUUCGGCUUUCUCAUGCCAGAGCUGUGCCUGGUGCUCAAGGUGCGGCACAGUGAGAACACGCUCUUCAUCAUCUCAGAUGCUUCCAACCUGCAUGAGUUCCACGCUGACCUGCGCUCAUGCUUUGCCCCGCAGCACAUGGCCAUGCUGUGCAGCCCCGUGCUCUACGGCAGCCACACCAGCCUGCAGGAGUUCCUCCGCCAGCUGCUCACCUUCUACAAAGUGGCGGGCGGCUGCCAGGAGUGCAGCCAAGGCUGCUUCCCUGUCUACCUGGUCUACAGCGACAAGCGCAUGGUGCAGACGGCUGCUGGGGACUACUCGGGCAACAUCGAGUGGGCCAGCUGCACGCUCUGCUCAGCUGUGCGGCGCUCCUGCUGCGCACCCUCCGAGGCCGUCAAGUCUGCCGCCAUCCCAUACUGGCUGCUGCUUACGCCCCAGCACCUCAAUGUCAUCAAGGCUGACUUCAACCCCAUGCCCAACCGCGGGACCCACAACUGUCGCAACCGCAACAGCUUCAAGCUCAGCCGUGUGCCACUCUCCACUGUGCUGCUGGACCCCACACGCAGCUGCACCCAGCCCCGGGGUGCCUUUGCCGACGGCCAUGUGCUGGAGCUGCUCGUAGGCUACCGCUUUGUCACCGCCAUCUUUGUGCUGCCCCAUGAGAAGUUCCACUUCCUGCGCAUUUACAACCAGCUGCGGGCCUCACUGCAGGACCUAAAGACCGUGGUCAUCGCUAAGACCCCUGUGACUGGGGGCCAGUCCCAACGCCCCCUUAUGAAUAGCCAGCCUGCUAAGGACAGGGUCAGCAGUGACCAGCGUCCCCAGGAGGCCCGGGCAGAGGCUACAGCUCCAGCCCCAGAGGAGGUGCGAGUCCUAGCCCCAGUGGAGGUCUCAGCUCUGGCCCAGGCAGAGUCCUCAGCCCCAGAGGGGACCCCAGCUCCAGCCCCAGCAGAGGCCCCAGUGCCAGCUUUGCUUCCAGCGGAAGCCGCAACAGAGGACUCAGCUGCAGAAGAGACCUCAGCAGAGACCCCAGCUCCAGCCUCAGUGGAGGCCUCAUCUCCAGCGGAGGCCCUGGCACAAGCUGACGCCCCAGCCCAGUACCCAAGCGAGCACCUUAUCCAGUCCACGUCAGAGGAGAAUCAGAUCCCUUCACACCUGCCCGCCUGUGCAUCGCUCCGGCACAUCGCCAGCCUGCGGGGAAGUGCCAUCGUCGAGUUCUUCCACAGCAGCAUUGCUGAGGUGGACAACGAGGAGCUGAGGCACCUCAUGUGGUCCUCAGUGGUGUUCUACCAGACCCCGGGGCUGGAGGUGACUGCCUGCAUGCUGCUCUCCACCAAGGCCGUGUACUUCGUGCUGCAUGAUGGCCUCCGCCGCUACUUCUCGGAGCCACUGCAGGAUUUCUGGCAUCAGAAAAACACCGACUACAACAACAGCCCCUUCCAUAUCUCCCAGUGCUUUGUUUUAAAGCUCAGUGACCUACAGUCAGUCAACGUUGGGCUUUUUGACCAGUAUUUCCGGCUGACAGGCUCCUCCCCUAUGCAGGUGGUGACGUGCUUGACUCGAGACAGCUACCUGACACACUGCUUCCUUCAGCACCUCAUGGCCGUACUCUCCUCCCUGGAACGCACACCCUCGCCUGAGCCUGUCGACAAGGACUUCUACUCUGAGUUUGGGAACAAGACCACAGGGAAGAUGGAGAACUAUGAGCUGAUCCACUCGAGCCGUGUCAAGUUCACCUACCCCAGUGAGGAGGAGAUCGGGGACUUGACAUUCAUCGUGGCCCAGAAGAUAGCUGACCCAGAGAAGGCACCGGCCCUCAGCAUCCUGCUGUAUGUACAGGCCUUCCAGGUGGGCACGCCGCCACCUGGGCGCUGCAGGGGCGUGUUGCGCCCCAAAACGCUCCUGCUCACCAGCGCUGAGAUCUUCCUCCUGGAUGAGGACUUCGUCCACUACCCACUGCCCGAGUUUGCCAAAGAGCCUCCGCAGAGGGACCGGUACCGGCUAGAUGAUGGCCGCCGUGUCCGGGACCUGGACCGCGUGCUCAUGGGCUACCAGACCUACCCACAGGCUCUCACCCUCGUCUUUGACGAUGUGCAGGGCCAUGACCUUAUGGGCAAUGUCACCCUGGACCACUUUGGGGAGGUGCCAGGUGGCCUAGCCAGAGCCGGACAGGGCCGCGAGGUCCAGUGGCAGGUGUUUGUCCCUAGCGCCGAGAGCCGCGAGAAGCUCAUCUCACUCUUGGCCCGCCAGUGGGAGGCCCUGUGCGGCCGGGAACUGCCUGUUGAGCUCACUGGCUAGCCUAGGCUGCUGCUGGCUCUUGCUGCCCUGUGUGUCCAGCCUGGGGUCCACUCAGUGUGGGGAAGCAGGCUUUCUCUUUCCUUUUGAAAAUGAUUUUUCCUCCCUUUUGGUACCUUCAUUUGACUGUCCUCCCACAGAAUGUGAACCUACGUGUUCAGUUGAUUCUAACCCUGUGAGUGGAAGUGCCGGCCCCUCCGGGGCUCCUGUGCCAUCAGCCUCCCAUGCAUCUGUUGCUGUCCUCCCCAGUGUUGCAGUGUCAUAGCUUCUGUCAUAGGACUGUUGUGAACACAUGGCGUCAUGGGUCCUAUUUACUCUUUUACGUGUCUUUUCCUGAAAUGUCAAGUCCAGUCUUGUUGCUAUUGCUGUUGUGGGCAUUUGCUGCUAAUCAUGAAGCUGGCAGCAAGAUGCAUAUUGGAAGUUCCCACCCUGUGCAGUUUUCCAAAGUGGGGGCUUCUCCUUGUUUAGACAAGUGGGAGAGCCCUGUGGGGGCAGGAGUCCCCUAGGCCUUGGGGCUGAGAGGGAUGGGUGCAGGGACCAAGAACUGCCAGCACCAAGUGUGUCUCCUGUUGCCUAUUUUCUCUAUUCCAAUAAAGUAGAGUUUGACACAG